AUGAGCUCGCCCAUAACACAAGUAUCUCGGGAUGAGCCGCAUCAAAACCUCAUAACGCAGGUCUCACGCGAUGGAUCUCAAUCACCUCGCCCUCAAGAGCACCGUGCAUCUCGAAACGGCAGGAAAAAGGGAUGGAUGCGUUCCCUUUUCCAAUGCUGCCUUCCAGAGACUGAUGAUGAGGAACAUCGCAUGACGAAAGUGGGCGCUUCUUCCAAUACUUCUCCUCAUUUGAGCCGUGACUACCUGCUACCGCCUCUUCUGGCAGAGGACAGCGGAAAGAAGACUCUCGUGCUAGAUCUCGAUGAGACCUUGGUGCACAGCUCGUUCAAGCCAAUCAACAAUGCCGACUUCAUCAUUCCCGUCGAGGUGGAGGAUCAGAUGCACCAGGUGUACGUCCUGAAGCGACCUGGAGUGGACACGUUCAUGAAGCGAGUAGGCGAGAUCUUUGAGGUUGUGGUCUUCACCGCGAGCUUGGCCAAGUACGCCGAUCCGGUGCUCGACUUGCUCGACAUUCACCGAGUUACGCGAACACGGCUCUUCCGCGAGUCGUGCGUGCAACACAAGGGCAAUUUUGUCAAGGACUUGUCCAAACUCGGGAGGGAGAUGAAGAACGUGAUCAUCAUCGACAACUCGCCCGCUUCGUAUCUGUUCCACCCUCACCAUGCCGUGCCCAUCGACUCGUGGUUCGACGACAUGAACGACACCGAGCUCCUGGACUUGAUAUCGUUCCUGGAAGACCUGUCCAAGGUGGACGACGUGUGUACAGUGCUGGACACAUCGCGCAAGUAA